AUGAUUAACGAUCUUGUCCUACCAACAUGUAAUUAUUGGAAAUAUGUAGAUGAUCUUACUGCUUCGGAGGUUAUAGCCAAAUACGGCAGUUCAACAAUCCAAUCAGAUCUUGAUUAUAUAUCCCCUUGGUCGUCUGCUAAUUACAUGAAAUUAAACGCGAAGAAAUGUAAAGAGCUAAGGGUUUGUUUCUUCCGUGAUACGCCUGUUUUGGAACCAUUAACUAUCGACGGAAUACCAAUAGAUGUUGUUGAUUGCCAUAAAGUUCUUGGUAGUGUGAACCCUUAG